AUGGGAAGCAAGGCUGUUGAUCAACAGGUCCACGUCCAGGCGGAUCCCACACACAGCAUGAAAAGCCUCCGUACAGACGAGAACAGUAAAUCGACGAGCCUGCCUUCGCCUCCUUCUUCUGUGAAGGCCACUGAGUCGGAAAGCGGUCGCAAUGAGAACGGCUCGCAUCCUGGGGAGGUUGCUGCAGGCGAGCCACCCGUCAGCGGCAGCUCUGCUGGUGCCAAUGGAGUCGCCAAUGCAGCUGAUACGGUGAAUGACGAACAUCCCAGUGGGCAGCCGUCCAAUGAUCCCGUACAGAAAGGGACAAAUCCUCAAGACCAAGACGAAUCGUCCGGAAAGGAACACGGUACCACAGCGAGGGACAUGGAUAACGAAGAUGAUGCUAGCGAUGCUGAGUCUAUAGAUGACAUGAUCGAAGACAUAUAUUACAAUACUCUACGUCCUCGGCGUAAUCUGCGGACACUUCAAGAACGCAUCAAGAAAGGCCCGAAACGUGCCGUACAGCAAAUGGACUACACAAGGCUCAUGGAAGAUAGGAUGAUAGAUAUGGAGAAAAGACUGCGAAUGAUCGAGAAAAAAGGGGUGGAAUCGGAACCACCUACUCCUCCGCCCGAAGAGACAAAUCCGCCUACUGACUUGAUCAUGGAUAUCAAGCGAAUGACCUUUCAGGAGUAUCUGCCGAUUGAUCCGAGCCCAGGACUCAAAGUGACAGGUGCUUUUGUACCCCUUGAGCAUAAGCGCCGAGACGAGUUUCCAGGUCAAUUGCCUUACCACCUCAUCGACGUUGUUGUUAGCGCUGUAAAUCAGCCCGAGCGGCUGGGUAAAGAUCAGGUGACCAAGCGAGCAGCAGGCUCACUUGAUCAUGCUGCUCCUGGCCCUGCUAUCCUAGAUCAAGACUCGACGGUUAAUGAUCUACAUUUGGCCCAGCCUGAACGCGUUCGCAUCAACUCGACUUUGCUGCUUGACGCCCUCGAGAAAAUUACAGGCAUGACAUUUAGCAAAGCACGCGUUGAUGACGAGCUCGAGUUGCAAGAUCAAGUCAUACUGAGACCGUUCAAGCUAUUUGUGACCUUCGAGCAAGAAAUCAGGGACGAAAUAGAUCGACUAGAGAAAAUACACAAGCACAAUGGCAAUGAAAGCAAGCCAGAAGCACCCGAGACAACCUUGAGCGAGGGCCAAAAAUCGCCGCCGCCAUCCACGGAUGUCUUGCACAACAUGCCCGAAUUAUUAAGUCGAGAACACUCAGACGGUCUGAAGAAUAACAACUCUCAGAACACUGCAACAGAUGCCUCAACUGAUGGGAGAUACGAGGAAACUACCUCCAUUGGAAUCGAGACGAUGUCUCGAAGAACUGCACGUCUUGAAAGAGCUACUAGACAAAGAUCUGAAACCGACGUUUGA